UGAAGCACGACGCGGGCGGCGCGCGGCAGAGGUUCGCGUCUGGUCCGUUACCUUCGGCUCGUCGCUUACCAGCAGCUAUGGCUGGGUGCGAGCCCGUCGAGGAGCUGCGAGAAGAUGUCCUGGUCGAUUUCUUGGUGAAGAAUGGUGGCCGCGUGAUGAACAAGGAGCUAGUGCAGCGGUAUAAAGGGUUUAUCAAUGCCCCCGAUCCGCAGCAAAAAUCUAAGUAUCGUGAUAUCUUUAAAGAUAUUAUCAACAAGAUUGCAGUGGUAAAACAGGAAGAUGGUGAAAAAUAUAUUAUUCUUAAAAAGAAAUAUCAACAUCUUGUGCGAGGAAGUAGUAACAACACCAGAGAAGAGAAAGUCAUUUUGAAUACACCUGUGCAGGCAUCAUUUGAACAAACAUCGGAAAAAGACCAACCUGUGAAUUUUGGGGAAGGAAAGCAACCAAGCUGUCUCUCUGAUAUUCAGCAAUCCAUGCAAAUAUCACAAAAUGAAGCAUCGGAAACCAGGGAGCUUUCCAGUAGUAUAUUUACUACACCAGUGAAGGUGAAUGCAUGUGAGUGGAUUGCAGAAGAUUUACAAGCUCCUUUGGAAGUAACUAGUGAUUGCCAGGAAAAUCCCAGACUUUGCUACAGCGAAGCAUCUGAAGAAAAGCAAGAUGACAAGUUAUAUGCCGCUUCUGAAAGUAAUGCAGAAAGUCCAGUGAAUAUUGAAAUAAAGGUAGAAGCAGCUCAGGAGGAAGAAUUUGAUUCUGUGUUCAAGGAUGAUUUGGAACAAAAUGGACUUGAGGAUGGCAGUGGAAGUAUGGGAUCACCUUCUGUUGCUUUGGAUCCUUUAGAGAAGGAAUGGCUGAAGUAUGCUGCCAUUGGGCAUUUAACUGCUUUGUGUGAUCUUCUCAGGCAGGAUCCAUCUCUGGCAAUGAAAAAGGACUUCACAUCUGUAAGUAUCUAUGUUUCUACUUCUAGUUUUUUUUAAAUCUUUGAAUAUACUUUAAAUUAAUGGUAUUUAAAAUGUCUUCAAUCACUAUCUAGCUAGUCAAUAUCAGACAACAUUUUCACAAAUGAAAGAUGCUGUUCGACAACGCUGUUAUAAAGUUGUGGAAUCAUACUCCACUCCAGUGAUGAAAAAGCAAUUGUGAUUGAAAUCCAGUAGAAUAUUAUAUUUCUGAGAAGACAACCUGACCCAUAGUGUGCUCAGUGGAAGACAA